AUCCUCAACAUGGAAGAUGACCAGAACUGGUACAAGGCCGAGCUGUACGGCUGCGAGGGCUUCGUCCCCAAAAACUACAUCAAGGUCAAGCCGCACCCGUGGUACGCAGGCAGGAUCUCCCGGCACCUGGCAGAAGAGCGACUCCUCAAGCGCAAGUACCUGGGAGCCUUCCUGAUCCGCGACAGCGAGAGCACCCCGGGGGAGUUCUCCAUCUCCGUCAACUACGGCCAGCACGUCCAGCACUUCAAGGUGCUCAGGGAGAGAAACGGCAAAUAUUUCCUCUGGGAGGAAAAGUUCAACUCCCUCAACGAGCUGGUGGAUUUCUACAGGACGACCACCAUCGCCAAAAAGCAGCAGAUCUUCCUCCGGGAUGAGGACCAGCCCCAGGAGGUGAGGAGACCCAAAUUCGUGCAAGCCCAGUUUGACUUCUCAGCCCACGACGGCUCCCAGCUGCCCUUCCUCCGCGGGGACAUCAUCGAGGUCCUGGACUGCCCCGAUCCCAACUGGUGGCAGGGGAAGAUCUACGGGCGCGUUGGCUUCUUCCCCCGCAACUACGUCCACCCCAUCCGCAAGUGAGCUGCUGCCGGCGCUGCG